UGUCAACACAAGAGUAACUUCCGCCUCCAACGACUGCGAUGGCGCGAGCAGACGACUUUCUUGCGUAUUUAGCAGACUUUGAAGAAGUGUUGGCAACAAAAGAGAGCAACGAAGACCGAAAACAAUAUAUUCUUCAACAUUUUUUAAAAGUGGACAACCCAAAAGGUUUCAGGAUACCCGAUUUUGAUAAAGAUCUGGACUGGGUGAAUGUAUCCACUCCACUAACGUUUGCGUCAGAGGAUUCCUUAAAAGGCAAAGUCGUGGUGCUUGAUUUCUUCACCUACUGCUGCGUCAACUGCCUGCACGUACUGCCGGACCUUCACCAACUUGAGGAACAGUACUCUCCUGAAGAUGGACUGGUCAUUAUUGGUGUCCAUUCAGCAAAGUUUCUGAAUGAAAAGGUGACAGCAAACAUUGUCAGUGCAGUUCUGCGUUAUGACAUCACCCAUGCAGUUGUCAAUGACAGUGAUGCUAGACUUUGGCAGCAGCUGUCAGUCUCAUGUUGGCCAUCAUUUGUUAUUGUGGGUCCCCAUGGGCAGGUGCUUUAUUACAUAGUAGGAGAAGGCCACAAAGACAAGCUGUUUGAAUUUGUAAGCCUGGCAAUAGAGCACUAUGCAGCUAAAGGGGAGAUAAGCCAGCAUCCUUUGCCCAUCAGGCUGGAGAAAGAUCGGCUUUAUACAUCAGUGCUUCUUUUUCCUGGCAAAGUUCAUGCUGGGCCCCAGGCAGACCAGCUGGUACUCUCCGACACUGGAAACCACCGCUUACUUAUUGUGGACCGACUGACAGGUGUUGUACAGACAGUCAUUGGUGGUCAGGAGAAAGGAUUUUGUGAUGGUAGCUUGCAGAAUGCCAGGUUUUUCUCCCCGCAAGGAGUUACCAGUUUUGGAAAACUAUUGUUUGUAGCAGACACAGAAAACCAUGCCCUACGGCAGGUGAAUUUAGAAACAGGACAAGUAACCACUCUAGCAGGCACAGGUUGUCAAGGCAACGAUCAGGAAGGAGGAGCAAAGGGUACUCAGCAACCACUAUCCACACCAUGGGAUGUAGCAGUCGGUGUUUCUCCAGGAGGAAGUGAGCCAGAUGUAAUCUAUAUUGCCAUGGCAGGUAGUCAUCAAAUAUGGAUUUACUGCCUCAAAGAUGUCUUAUGGUGGAAAAACAAGCAUUACCCUCAGGGAACAUGUGUGCGGGUGGCUGGAAGUGGAAGCGAAGAGAACAGAAACAACAAUUAUCCUGAACGUGCAGGCUUUGCACAGCCAUCAGGACUGGCUAUCUCUAAUGGCCUUAAUGCUGUUUUUGUGGCUGACAGCGAAAGUUCUUCUAUUCGGCAACUCAGUGUCAAGGAUGGCAGUGUCAAAGCUUUGGUGGGCGGUGACAGAAAUCCCACAAAUCUCUUUGCCUUUGGUGAUGUAGAUGGACAAGGAACAGAGGCCAAACUACAGCACCCUUUAGGGCUGGCUUUGUUGGCUGAUUCAGGACCACUUUUGAUUGCUGAUUCUUAUAACCAUAAAGUAAAAUGUGUGGAUAUUCACAGCAAGAUCUGUACCACAGUCCUGGGUACAGGUGUACCAGGUAACAGUGGGGGAGAUUACCCAGGGUCAGGACAGCUAAAUGAGCCUGGGGGACUUUGUGUAGCCAGUGAAGGUGAUGCUAUAUAUAUUGCAGACACCAAUAACCACUGUAUCAAGAUCCUUGAUUGGAAAGACAAGUCUGUGAAACAGCUUCCAGUAGUAUUGAAAGAAGAUUCCGUAAGGAGAAUAGUGGAGAACUUUCAGAAUGUGGACAUGUGUGCGCUACACAAGAAACCUCAUCUUCCAGCAGUUACUCUUUGUCCUGGAGGUCAUUUGACCUUUGAACUUGACUUGCACCUGGCCAAGGGGCUCCAUCUUAACCAUGAUGCUCCAAAUGGAUGGAGAGUCACUGCAGGUGAUGAAGAAACACAAUCAGUCCUAUCAUCGUUGCCAUCCUUCACAAGUAGUGGUUCUCUCUGUCUAUCAAACAUUGCCCAAAAAAUGCAGCUUGUAUCACUAGACCUACCUUCAGAUAUUCCUGAUAUGUCAGUGCUUUUGCUUGUUAUCACCUGCCAGUUGUUUAUAUGCCGUGAUAACAACACAUGCACACAGGUAAAAGAACAGCGGCUACAGUGUGUCAACAUAAAGAAAGAUGGUGUGCAGCAAGAAAAUAUAGAGAUUGGUCUUGAUGUGAAAUAGAAAGUGCCAAGAGAAUGUACAGAUUGAUCUUAAUGGGAAAUAGGAACUGUCAAGAAAUUGUACAGAUUGGUCUUAAUUUGAAAUAACAUGAAGAGGUGAUGCAUUAUUUUGUUCCUGUAAUUAUGUAGACUUUGCUUAUUCAUUAAUAAUUUGGAUGCUAUGGUACUACUGCUUAGACUGAUGAAUGAAAAAAUGCCUUAUAUUUAUUUGUUAAAAUGUAAAACUUUAUUUCAAAUGUUA